AUGAUACAACAAAGCCAAUUUCCAAUGGAUCUCUUUGUCAAACUAAAAUUUCUUCACUUGCAAAGCUUUGGUUAUUCUUUCUUGAAUUUGCCACUUAAUCUUCUUCAGAAGUUUCCAAAUUUGGAAAAACUUGUUUUGAGAGAAUGCUAUUUCGAAGAAUUACUGCAACAUGGUCAUGGUCAUGAUCCAGUUCUAUCACAGAUCCGAUGCUUACAGCUGUCUCGGCUUCCUAAUAUUAGACAUGUAUGGAAUCAAGAUUCUCCAUUUUUUCAGAAUCUUGAAACUCUUCAAAUACGGAGUUGCAAUGGUUUGACUAAUCUGGCACCAUCCUCUGCAACUUUCCAAAAUCUUACGACUCUGAUUGUGAGGAGGUGUAAUGGAUUGUCAAGCAUAGUAUCUUCUUCUACUGCUGAAAGUAUGCACAAUCUCGCUACAAUGAUUAUAGAAGAAAGCGAUACGAUUGAAGAAAUUGUGUCAAGCGACAAAAAUAAUUUCCAAUCCCAAAAUGAGAUUAUUUUGUGGAAAUUAACAACUUUGAGACUUCACUGCUUAAAAAGCCUCGAAACUUUCUGCUCAUCCGCACGUUGCACAUUAAAAUUUCCAGCUUUGGAAGUUGUAGAUCUCUCACAGUGCCCUAAAAUGAAGGUUUUUUCUCAAGGAUCUAUAAGCACACCAAGGCUAAAGAGAGUAAAUUUUACAGAAGAAAGAGAUAAGUGGCGUUGGGUUGGGGAUCUUAAUUCCACUAUAAAACAAUUGUAUGCAGAUAAGGUUGGAUUCAGUGGCCUACAACAUUUGAAACUCUCUGAAUUUUCUCAACUAAAAGAGGCAUGGAAAACCCAACUUCCAGUCAAUUUCUUUUACAAUUUAAGUUCCUUGGAAGUAGACGAGGUUGCAUUUUCCUCUGUUGCUGUUCCAUCCAAUCUACUGCCAAUUCUAAAUGAUUUGGAAAAGCUUGAGGUCAGAAAUUGUGAUUCAGUGGAACAAGUAUUUGGCCUAGAAUGGCCAAACUUUGAUGGACCAUUUGGGAAUUUGUUCAAGUUGAGUGAGCUAAAAUUGAUAAAUCUUCCAAUUUUGAGGCUUGUGUGGAUUGAGAUUCCCAAAGGAAUUUUAGAUCUCAGAAACCUUAAACUGCUCAAAAUCUACAAUUGUAGCAGUUUGAGAUAUAUAUUUACUCCUACCAUCUGCUGUGGCCUUGAGCAACUCCAAGUGCUUGAAGUGAAAAGUUGUGCUAUGGUUGAAGAAAUCAUCACAGAAGAAUCUAUGGAUGAGAUUAGAUUUCCUCAACUAAACUCCAUUAUUCUUGAAUCCUUGCCCAGAUUAAUCAAUUUCAGUUCCGGCAGCGGUACUGUGCAUUGUCCAUCUCUGAAAGAGAUUGCUGUAGUUGAUUGCCCAACCACAUUCACUUGUUCAUUCUUUAGGGAAGCAGAUGCAGCAAUUGAUAAAAUUGUUGAGCGAAAGGUAUUUUUUCCUAAUCUGAAGGACCUGAAACUGUCAUCAAUUGAUGUUGAGAUGAUGUGGCAUGCUCAACACUUGAAGAUGUCCUCUUAUACUGAGAAUUUAACAAGCUUGAUUGUGGAUGGAUGUAGGAGUCUAAAAUGUCUAUUAUCAUCAUCAAGUAUUGUGCAUCUGAAGAGACUUGAGGUAUGCAAUUGUAAGAUGAUGGAGCAAGUGAUACUCAGGGAGGGAUUGGAUGAAGAAAUCAUGUUACUCCAUCAACUAGAGUCCCUGAAGCUCAAAGAUCUGCCAAAACUCACCCGAUUCUGCACAACUAAUUUAGUUGAAUGCUCUGCCUUAAAAGAGAUUUGCAUACAAAACUGCCCUCAAAUGAGAACAUUUGUUUCCAAUUCUCCAACAUCAAAUAAUGAACUCGAAAUUAUAAACUCUGCUUUAUUUGAUGAAAAGGUUGCAUUCCCAAACUUGGAGAAAAUGCAGAUUCUUAACAUGGAUUAUUUGAACAUGCUAUGGCAUAAUCAACUCCAUUCAGAUUCUUUUUGCAAAAUAAAAGCAUUAACGGCAGAGCACUGUGAAGAACUACUUAAAAUCUUUCCAUCCAUGUUGUUGAGACGCCUCCAGAAUCUUGAGGAUUUGAUCAUAGGCAAUUGUGAUUCACUGGAAGAGGUAUUUGAUCUACAAGAGAUAAUAAGAUUGAAAGAAACAGUGAACAUUCAGUUGAGAACUCUGAACAUAAGAAACCUCCCUAAUUUGAAGCAUGUAUGGAAUAAGGAUCCUAUGGGACUUGUCUUGUUUGAUAACCUAAGUUCAGUGGUGGUUUUGGAUUGUCCAAAUCUAAAAGCUAUUUUUCCAGCUACGAUAGCUAAAAAUCUGCUGCAGCUAGAGACACUAGAUGUGGAAAGUUGUGGUGGGGUGGAGGAAAUUGUUGCUCAGCACCAAGGAACAGAAGCAAGUAUAGAGUUUCUUUUUCCUUGCUUAAAGUUCUUGAUUCUUCGGGAAUUAAAUGAACUCAAGUGCUUCUACUCAGGAAUACACACUUUGGAAUUUCCAUUACUGAAGCAUUUAACUGUGUAUCACUGUGAGAAAUUAAAUAUCUUUUGCCCUGAAUCUGAGAACUUGCUAGAGACAGAUACGGAGAGCCAAGCUAUGAUUCAGGAUCCACAACCGCUUUUCUCAUUUAGAAAGGUUGUCUCCAACUUGGAGAAGUUAGCUCUAACAAGAAAGGAUGCGGCAAUGAUAUUGGAAGGCCAGUUUCCAGCUGAUCUUUUUCACAAACUCACAACCAUUGGGAUACAUUGCUUUCAUGAUGAAUCUGCAGUUUUUCCAUUUGAUCUCCUUGAAAGAUUUCAACCUAUGGAAAGUCUUGUAGUGGGUUGUAGUCAAUUCAAGGAGCUGUUCCCAUGUGAUGGCUCUGUUGGUAGGAAAAAAUAUGAUGAGGUUCUUAGACUGAUACGAGUACUAGAGUUGAUUAACCUUCCUGAUUUGACAGAUAUAUGGAACCAAGACUCCCAACUAGACCAAGUUCUACAGUCUCUUGAACUUCUUCAUGUUCAGAGGUGUAACAGUCUGGUUGCUUUAGCACCAUCCUCUACUUCUUUCCAGAAUCUAAUCACGUUGAAAGUGUUGAAAUGCAAUGGAUUACUUAGUCUGGUAACAUCUUCCACAACAAAAAGUCUGGUGCGACUUACAACAAUGAGUAUAAAAGAAUGUGAUGGAUUGAAAGAGAUAGUUGCAAAUGAUGGAGAUGAAAUUGAAUUGAAAGAGGAUAUUAUCUUCAGAAAAUUGGAAAGUUUGGAACUUCAUUAUUUGCCUAGCCUCGUUUGCUUUUGUUCAUCAGAACACAGCUUCAAAUUCCCCUAUUUGAAAAAUGUAAUUGUGAAGCAAUGCCCCAAGCUGCAGGUUUUCUUAAAAGGAGCCUUAAGCACAAGCAGCCUGCUGGGUGUACAAAAAGAUGACCAAUGGCAUUGGAACGGCAAUCUCAAUACUGCUAUACAAUAAUUGUUUGCAGAAAUGAAUGCUAGAGAAUAUUAAAUUAUGCAAAGGUGAUGCCAAGCACAAAAGUCAUAUUAAAGGUAGAUUGUGAAAGGGCUUCUUUAUUCAUAAUGGAAGAAUUUAUGCAAGAUAUUACUUUUUUUCUUUUUUUUUUUUUUUUGAGAUUUUAAAAUAGUAUAAGAACCAAUAUAAGCUUGGUACUAUUGCUAACAACCUGGCUAAAAUCAUGGAUUAUGGCUUCUGUCUACUAUUGGAUUCUUAUCGAACUAUGAUUACUUCUGCUUUGGUCUUUGUUUUGUAUGUUUCUAUUGGUUUGUGUUUAGUUUAUUCCUAGAACAUGUAUAUUGGGACGGUGUGAUACCAAGUGCUUAAUGAACGAUGUAUGUUAAGUUUUUUCCUAGUGAUUUUUAAUAUGUAUGAAUGCAGUAUUAGUUAUAUUUUGUGCUAAUGUACUGCCUUUGUGAUAUAUUUGGGAA